AUGUUCCAUCUAUCUCUCUGUGUUGUGAAGCCCCAUGUUGCAACCAUUAAGGAGAUGGCCAAGUUCCACACAGACUCACGCUACCUGGAGCACCUCCACAAAAUCAGCCAGGACGGAGACAAUGAUGACCCCCAGUCCGGAGACUUUGGCCUGGGUUAUGACUGUCCAGUGGUGGAGGGUAUCUAUGACUAUGCUACAGCGGUGGGUGGUGCCACCCUGACAGCCCCCCAGUGCCUGCUGGAUAAGAGGGGUGAGGUGGCCAUCGACUGGUCAGGAGGCUGGCACCACGCCGAGAAGUAAGAGGACAGGAAGGACCAGGGGAAAUGCUGAUGAGUGAUUUCUAUGAGAAAAACAAUUAAAUGUUGUUGAAUAAAUUAUGUUAGUUGGAGGUCCUCUAAUUGUUGGUACUUUCUGUCCUCACAAACUCUCACUUCACUUCCUGUCCUUGUCUUUCUCUCUGUAUCUUACCCUCUUGUCUCUGCAUCUCUCUCU